AUGUUAUAUAUUUUUAACCAAUUGAUUUACGAAUUCAAUGUGUUAACAAAUAGUUACUUAAGCUUAAUCUAUGCUGUGAAAAUUAUUCUCAUGAAUUUUUCCACUUUUUUUUUUUUUUUCCAUGAAAUAGAUUAUCAAAAUAACGUUGCAAAUACGUAUUACACAUCAUCAUCAGUCAUCAUCACUCAUCAUCAUCAUCAUCAAUUUGUCAUCACCAUCAAGUAUAAUAGUAGUGAACAUUUAUUAUUGUUAUUAUUAUUAUUAUUAUUAUUAUUAUUAUUAUUAUUAUUAUAUUAUUAUUAUAUUAUUAUUAUUGUUAUUAUUAUUAUUAUUAUUAUUAUUAUUAUUAUUAUUAUUAUUAUUAUUAUUAUUAUUAUUAUUAUUAUUAUUAUUAUUAUUAUUAUUA